AUGAGGGCGCCCCCGGCCUCAGGUGCCGGAGGUUUGGAAAGCGUGGCAGAACGCGGCACCACCUGCGCCGAGGCACCUGCGCGCUGGGCGAUGCGUUCGCCUGCGGUGCCCGCGCACGGUCGUGAGGAGGAGCACUCUGGCCGUUCUUUGCCCGGCCCUUCGCCUCCACAGCGACUGCAGCGGUUUUUUACUUUCGGUGCAGUUUGGGAUGCAGAGCGUAUUAAAUGUUCCUAUUGCCCGCGGGUGCAUUGCGUGCUGGGUGGACUGUGCGUGAUGUGGGGGCGGCGGGUGCUGCCCGAGCGGUUACUCUGCUCUCGGGCCGCUUAUUUAGCAGCCGGCGUUUCGGGCAUCCGGGGGCGCGGCCAGACCUGCGCCCCAGUGGCAGGGCGGUGCCGGGUAGAGGGAGGGCGGGGCGGCGGCGUGCCCCGGGUGCGGGAAGCAGCACGUGCCGCGGUGGGUGCCCCGGAAGGUAGGGGCGCGCCCCCCCAGCAGCCGCUGUGCCGCUGGAAGGCGAAUAUUUCGCUUGCAGGGGAAGGAGGAAGGGGGAAGGGGAAUACGGGCGCACGCGUCACCUGCGCCCCCCACGGGGGGUCGGUGCUUCAUGCGAUGCACUCCGGAAGCGCGUGGGUGCGGCGCACGGUGCAAAUUUUGUUCGGGCCAGUUUCACCGCGCCCGGUGCCAGCGCCCUGUCGAACUAAUUUUUGUUGA